UCCUUUUAACUUCAUUUCUACUUUCCUUUUUUUCUCUCUGAAAUCAAAUCUCCAAUAAUAAUAAUAACUCUCUUUCUCUCUCUCCGGAAAAGCUUUUUCUUGGUAGAGCUGAGAAAGAGAUCUUCAUCUUCGUAAUAAUCAUCAUCUUCAAUAAUGGGUUCAGAGAAUUACAGUGACAAGAAUGUUGUUUUCAGGAAACUGAAAUCGAAGCCUGAAAACAAGAUGUGUUUUGAUUGUAAUGCUAGGAAUCCAACAUGGGCAUCAGUUACUUAUGGAGUCUUCUUAUGUAUUGAUUGUUCUGCUGUUCAUCGUAGUCUUGGUGUUCAUAUCAGCUUUGUCAGGUCAACAAAUCUAGAUUCAUGGACGCCAGAGCAGUUGAAGAUGAUGAGCUUUGGGGGGAAUGGUCGUGCACUAACAUUUUUUAAGCAACAUGGAUGGACAGAUGGGGAAAAGUCUGAAACUAAGUAUAAAUCAAGAGCUGCUGAGUUAUACAAGCAACUGCUUUCCAAAGAAGUUACUAAAAGCGCUGCUGAAGAUGUAUGUUUUCCAUCGUCACCUGUUGCUUCUCAGUCGGCAAAUCCAAUUAAUGGGUUUGAGCCGUUUCCUGAGCUCAAGGUUGUUGAAGCUCCAAAAGUAAAGGUGGUUGAAACUCAUCCAGUUCCUGAAAUUCCUGCUCAACCCAAAGUUCCUUCUCAUCCAGUAGCUACUAGUUCUGUUAGAAAGCCCAUUGGUGCAAGAAGGACUGCACCCAAGACAGGAGGGCUUGGUGUUCGAAAGCUCACAACAAAGCCAAGUGAAAGUCUGUACGAUCAGAAGGCAGAAGAACCAGCUCCAGCUGUUGUUGCAAAGCCAGCCAAUGGCAAUGCAUCUGCAACAGCUGUUUCAUCAUUUCCUUCUCGCUUUGAGUAUGUAGAGCCUGGUCAGAAAACUGAGACAAACAACUCUGGAAACACCCGCGUGAAUGGUCAUGUCACGGCACCUAAAGCAUCGGGCUUCUUUGAAGAUUUUGGGAUGGAUAAUGGUUUUCAGAAGAAAGCUGCUACCUCCGCUGCAUCUAAAGUGCAGAUUCAGGAAACUGACGAAGCAAGGAAGAAGUUUACAAAUGCGAAGUCCAUUUCGUCAGCUCAAUUUUUUGGGAACCAGAGCAAAGCCAAUACAGAGGCUCAAGCCUCCUUGAAAAAGUAUUCGGGUUCAACGGCCAUAUCAAGUGCUGAUCUCUUUGGUGAUGACGAUGAUGAUCUUGAGCUGUCAGCAUCCGAUCUGAUCAAUAAAAUCUCUUUUCAGGCAUCACAAGAUAUAUCUUCGCUCAAGAAUAUUGCAGGAGAGGCAGGUCAGAAGCUCAGUUCAUUUGCUUCAACUUUCAUUACAGAUUUUCAGGAUAGAAUCCUUUGAAGAAUUAAUGAUGCGCAAUUGCAACAUCAUUAUACCACCCUUGUACUAUCAACGUUAACGGGAUCGAUCUGGUGCAUGUGAGUGUAUAUUGUUAUAGUAUUCAUUUAUGAUACCAGAAAAUUAUCUAGUCAAUUAGCAUAAGGGUUCAUUGUCAUUAAAUUCUUCGGGAAGAUACUGUAUUUCAUACACCAGAUGUCCCUUCUAGUUCUUACUAGGUCAGGUAAUAGAAUUGUCUCCUUCUCCUUCUCCAACUUUUGCUUAAAACUAUUAUUUGUAUAGAAGUUACUUAUAUCCUCGGACAGAAUUUGUACUUUCCUUCAUGCUCAUUGUUAUUGUUUGUCAGUUCGUGUGCACGCUAUGGUUUUUCUUUUCUUUUUUUUGUCAAGUUUUGUACUGAAGAGUACUUUCAGCCUGUAACUUUUGGGCUAAGGAAGUCCCCAUAUAUUGUAAGUUUGUAACUCUAUCAAGAAAGAUACAGUAGAGAUGAGAAGGUUCAAGAUUUUUUGUAUUA